GUUCUUGUCGGUCUCGAAGAGUCGGAGGUGAGUGCAUGGCGAUCCGCUUAUGCCUCGGAUACUCAUUUCUCCAAGGUCCUCGAGAGCAUGAGCUGCGAGGAGAGCUGGUACAACCCGGAUUAUCCUCAGUAUCAUUACAGCGAUAAUGGGCUCUUAUACUUCGAGGACUGGAAUGGGAAUAACCGUCUUUGCGUCCCUAACUCGCUUCGGGCUCAGGUCAUGAACGACGUACACAACACCAUCUCAGAAGGCGCUCACGGCGGA